AUGCUCGAGAAAUUCAAAAUGGGUGUCACGUUCGUCACCUGUAAACUUCACGUAGCUGUCAAACAUUGAAUAUCUUGAGUAAUUUGUGAUAAGUAUUCGCUUACCAAAAUGUCGGCGAUGUUAACCGCCGACUGGUUUCCUCUAGGACGUGAUAUAUAUUUUCGCAAAUUUGAGCUGUACCCGCUAUCAUUUCAACACGAAAUUUCCAACAAUAAUUGGCUUGUAGCAGCCCCUUAUGGGGGUUCUAUUGCUGUUACGAGAAACCCCAAGAAAUUUGUCAAGGUUCAAGGAGCUACUAAGCCUGUAAUAUUACUGUACACAUCAUCAGGGAAAUUAACAGCCAAGCUGCAAUGGAGCAGCGGACAACUCAUAGCAUUGGGUUGGUCUCAGCAAGAAGAAUUGUUGUGUGUGCAAGAUGAUGGCAAUGUUCUCAUAUAUGACAUGUUUGGAACUUAUCAACAUACUUUUAGUAUGGGAGAUGUAGCCAAAGACACCAAAGUUAUCGAUGCAAAGUUCUUCACAACUUCAAACAGCACAGGGAUAGCUGUUUUGACAUCCACUAAUCGUAUUUAUUUAGUGAACAAUGUGUCUGAUCCCAAAGUUCGGCCAAUUACAGAUAUGCCUAGAUAUGGUGGUCCGAUUGAUUGUUGGUGUAUGAUACAUUGUGAUAGGGAGACACAAGUAAUUCUAUCAAAUAGAGAGGGGAUAUUCGUGAUUUAUCAAUCUCAUCAGAAUGCAUUUCCAUUCAGUAAUCUUUUCAACAACAAGAUCAACAACAUACUGGCCAUAGCUGUAUCCGGCAAUAAUCGACACAUCGCGCUUUAUGCUGACACUGGAUAUUUGUACAUCGGCUCGAUAGACUUCCGAGAGAAGUACUGCGAAUGCUUUACAAACGUGAAUGAAACCUUAACUAAUAUAGCUUGGUGCGGUACGGAAGCCGUGGUGUGCAGCUGGAACACCACGAUAAUGGUAGUAGGUCGUACGGCUGAGACCAUAGUGUACAAUUACGACGGCCCAGUGCAUCUGGUGACGGAGAUCGAUGGAGUACGCGUGUUAUCCGCCUUCUCUCAUGAAAUGGUACAAAAAGUGCCGAACGUCGUGCAAAGGAUAUUUAGAAUCAACUCGACGGAUCCCGCCUCUUAUCUUCUGGAAGCCUCUAAGCAGUUUCAGAGGAAAAGUCAUAAGGCCGAUAGUUAUAUCGAUUUAGUAAAGGACAAAUUGGACGCAGCGGUGAAAGCGUGUAUCGAUGGGGCGAGUCACGAAUUCGAUUUUGAAACGCAGAAACUUCUGAUGAGGGCUGCUAAAUUCGGGAAAGGAUUCAGCAAAUCGAUAGACUCGGAAUAUUACGUUCAAAUGUGUAGAACUCUGAGAGUCUUGAACGCGGUGAGGCAUCCUGCUGUAGGAAUUCCAUUAACGUACACGCAAUACAAUGUUUUGACAAAUCAAGUGCUACUGGACAGGCUAGUAGCACGUAGACACUAUUAUUUAAGUAUACUGAUAGCACGGCAUCUACAAUUACCCGAGAUUGACGGAGAAAGUAGAAUAUUGGCGCAUUGGGCUUGCUACAAGGUAAAACAGACGCAAUUGGACAAGGAACAAUUAGCAGAGGAGAUAGCUGAUAAGUUAGGAUACGCUCCCGGUGUUUCGUAUAGUGAAAUUGCGAAGAGAGCGGCUGAUUGCGGUCAAAAGCAGCUGGCUAUUAAGUUGAUCGACUAUGAACCACGUGCGCAUCAACAAAUACCUUUACUGAUGGCGCUCGGCGAGGAACGAGUUGCCCUACAUAAAGCUGUGGAAAGUGGCAACACAGAUUUAGUCUACACUGUCAUUCUUCGUCUUCGAGAAAGCACGACUCUCUGGGAUUUUCAAAUGGCUAUAGCACAUUGUCCUCUGGCUAUGGCUUUGUAUAUUAAAUAUUGCCAGAGCCACAAUAGAGAGACACUGCGUGACAUUUACAAUCAGUACGAUGACUUUCAUUCACAAGCAGUAUGGUUCAUCACCGAGAGUUAUCAACGAAAGAACACAAUGUCGAGGGACGCAUUGCUGCAAUCCGCACAAGAAAACUUUAAAUCCGCUCAUAGCGAUACGAACGCUGCACUGACGGAAGAACAGAUAAAAUUAUUAAAAUAUCAGAGGUCUUUAGGAAAGACGUUGCACGAGUCAGUUGUUGGUAAACCUCUACAUGAUACCGUAAAGUUAUUAUUACUACGUAAUGAGUUGAAACUAGCGGACAAAUUACGAUCGGAAUAUAAGAUACCGGAUAGAAGAUAUUGGUGGUUAAGAAUACAAUGUCUAGCAGAAGAAAGUAUGUGGAGUGAUUUGGAGAAAUUCUCCAAAAGCAAAAAGUCUCCCAUUGGUUAUGAGCCAUUUAUAGACGAAUGCCUGAAGUACAACGAAAAGUUGGAGGCAAGGAAAUAUUUAAGCAGAGUUAAAGAUGAUCUUAAAGUAAAAUACCUAGUAAAGUUGAACAUGUUGAAUGAAGCGGCUCAAACAGCAUUUGAGCAAAAAGACACUGCAGCUCUUGCAUUUGUACUGGCGCAAUGUGGAUCCUCCGAUAGACAAUUGAUAGACAAGGUCAACAUGUUUCUAGCUACAAAAAUGGGCUUCUCCACAAGCCUACAAGGUCAGGCAUCACACGAGGCAUUGCUGGGUCGCCAGGAUGCUGAGAUCAAGCUGCUGGAGACUAUGAGAAGAUGCCUCACGACAAAAGUUAAAUCUGACCGAGAGUAUGCCUCUAGCAUUUCUUCUCUUACUACUCAGGGAAAGAAGAUUGAGCGCAAUGAGGAUCUUGUUGGAAGUCUUAUAGCACAGGGUUGGAGAGACAUAAUGGACUCUAUUGAUCAGACUGCAAAGUUGAUCAAACUACAAGCUGAUUCUAUUGAAAAUAUUGUAGUAGAUCAAUUGAGUACAUUGUAUUCAGAAAGGAGAAGAGCCAGAAAGGUGUAUCAGGAAGAACAGACGUGGCUGAAUAACCAGCUUCAACAACUAACAGAUGAUGUAGCUAGGAAAAAAAUGGAGUAUCAGAAAAACUUAGAAAUGUAUAAAUUGAUGAGGUCACGAUUUGAGGAACAUUAUGUAAAAUCUGGUAGGGGUGGUCGUAAGUUGGAUGAAGUCAGAGAAAAAUACCAGAAAGCAUGUAGGAAACUUCAUCUAACACACAAUGAAUAUGUACUGCUACUGGGUGCUGUAACAGAAUGUGAGCAUGAUUUAAGAACUUGCUACUUGCCGAGUUUGCUUCAUCGGCAACAAGCUAUUCACCAAGAAUUUAUAACUUCGUGGAAAGGAAUACUUCAGGAUAUUGUAAAAUAUUCAGAUUUUACAACAGAAAAGUUCCUGGAAAUCCAUGUGCGAAUGCAAAAGGCGGUCGAUAGCGUCAAGCCUAUCGAAGAGUAUAGAGAUUUUAUUGGAAAACACAGAACUAGGCCAGCGUCUCCAAUCAGAUUCACGUUUGAUGAGAACCUUGUAGAUGACACUUCAGGAAAAUUAUCGCCAAACAAGUUGACUGUGGAUAAUUUGACUAUAGAUUGGUUGAGAAGUCGUCUGACAGAACUUGAAACUUCUCUUAAGACCACGCAACAAAAUCGACAGAGUCCGCAAUUUCUGCAAGAAAACAACAGCGAUUCUAAAAUUUUAAUCUUGGACUACACGCAUGAAAGAGAAGAGUUGAGAUUACGUUGCCAAGAAAAGAAAUUACAAAGACAAGUGGAUGUUAUAAGGGGUGCUCUCAAUGAGUUAGGCUGUGAAGAGUUACCUUCAGGUUGUGAUCUUUCCAUGGAAGGUUCUUUCACUGACUCACCUACAAUUAGUAAAAGAAACACAAUCCCAGACAGUGGUCUGUUUACGCUAAGAAGAAACCAACGAUUCAUGACAAUAUUUAAGUCGCCUUUCAAAUCUUUGCCGGCAAUUCAUGAUUCGAAAAACGGAGUGAUUAGGGCAAAUAGCGAAGGAUCUACAGUCAAAGCAGACAAUGUUCCCCCUGUUGUACCACUACGCGGAAUCUCUCACUUAACUAAUAACCAAAAGAGCAAUGGCAAUGGUGGGCUUAUGGAGGAGGAGUGGUUUCACGGAGUGUUACCGAGAGAGGAAGUCGUGAGAUUACUUGUCAAUGAAGGGGACUUUUUGGUGCGCGAAACGACGAGGAACGACGAAUGUCAAAUAGUUUUAUCCGUUUGUUGGGAUGGACACAAGCAUUUUAUUGUACAAACUACGCCAGAGGGACAUUAUAGAUUCGAAGGACCGACAUUCCCAUCCAUUCAAGAGCUAAUCAGACAUCAAUGGUUAUCCGGCCUACCGGUGACUAGUCGAUCCGGUGCUAUUCUUAAGACGCCAAUUUUGCGCGAGCGCUGGGAGCUUAAUAAUGAUGAUGUCAUCCUUUUGGAGAAAAUAGGUCGAGGAAAUUUCGGGGAUGUGUAUAAAGCGCAACUGAAGACCUGCAAGACCGAGGUGGCCGUGAAAACUUGCAAAGUCACGUUACCAGAUGAGCAGAAACGCAAGUUUUUGCAAGAGGGGAGAAUACUGAAGCAAUACGAUCACCCGAACAUAGUCAAACUUAUUGGUAUAUGCGUUCAGAAACAGCCGAUCAUGAUAGUGAUGGAGUUAGUACCCGGUGGCUCAUUGCUCACAUAUUUGCGAAAAAAUGCCGGCACGAUAACGCAGCGGGAACAAUUGCGUAUGUGCAAGGAUGCCGCGGCUGGUAUGCGCUACUUGGAAUCUAAAUAUUGCAUUCAUAGGGACUUAGCGGCUCGCAAUUGUCUCGUAGGAUACGAGUGUAUAGUCAAAAUUUCCGACUUCGGUAUGUCAAGAGAGGAGGAAGAAUACAUAGUUUCAGACGGCAUGAAACAAAUUCCCAUCAAAUGGACCGCACCGGAGGCGCUAAAUUUCGGUAAAUACACAUCGCUCUGCGACGUAUGGAGUUACGGAAUCUUGAUAUGGGAGAUAUUUUCUAAAGGCGGCAAUCCGUACAGUGGUAUGUCGAAUUCACAGGCGCGCGAGAAGAUAGAUGCAGGAUAUCGAAUGCCCGCCCCGGAUGGAACACCCGACGAGAUCUAUCGUUUAAUGCUGCGAUGUUGGGAAUAUGAACCAGAGAAACGACCACAUUUUGAUCAGAUAGACACCGUAGUUGAGACACUGUCUCAAGCGUAUCUGUGAGUACUAGGGUAUUUUAUGAAUACAGACAAUAAGCAGUAUAUCAAGUUGGUGCUACCAUUUCCUGAUAUUAAGUUCUCUGAUCGUUAUUUUAUAUAUUUACAUACUACCAAAACCUCACACGACAGUCUGCAAGAUCUGGAACUCUAAAUGUAUGUAAUGUAUAAAAUUAUCACAAAUUAAAUCAUAUAUUUUAGUGGUUUGUUAGAUAUACGUACAACUCGUUUGCACAUCUUUUGUAAAUUUCUUUGUCAAUUAUAUGACAGAAGUCGAAUGACAGUAUACGAUGUAAAUAGUGGCCAUUAUGUUCUAACUUAACAGAUAAAAGUAUACAUACGUAAGUAACAUACGUAAAUUUUUUCUGAAUCUUCCGUUGCAGUUAUGAUGUUAGAUGUCUCGUAUACUAUCAUUUGUCAACCAAUUACUGUGCAAGCUCGUGGAUAAUGCGUUCCUAACUUCAUUGGAAAAAGCGCGCGGAAAAAUUUGUUGCACAAAGAGUGUAUUCUUGCUUUUAAUACCGUUUCUUGCUUUAAUAGCGUUUAGCUUUUUUUAUGUAAUUCGGAAUGCAGCCGAUAACAAUAGUCCAACGAGAGAAAUUAAUUUCCGAGAAUGAGUGAAAAAACAAAUUCUCCUAUUGGAGAAUAAAGUAUUCAAACUGUAUUAAAACCCCAAGUGUAUAUAUAUACACCUUUGAAAAGUGUGUGUGUACACACACACACAUAUAUAUAUAUAUAUUUAUAUGUGCUUAAAAGCACAUGCUACAAAAGCAUAUAUACUUAUUAAUUACCAUUGUGUUAUACAACUACGUCAAUUAUGAAUGCCAUGUAUGGAUUAUGUUUUAUAUUUGCGCACAGUGUUAUAAAUUAUUAUAUUUUCCUCCGUCCACAUAUGUAUUAAUUCAUUAUGUUACAGCAAGUCAUGCUAUUGUAUUAUUGUGCUAGUAUUUUUGUGCACACACACACAUACACACACACAUGUAUGUAUGUAUGUAUAUAUGAAAAAUAGAGGGUCAGGAUCAUGCAUUCGUCUUUAUCAGUGUAUGUUGUAUACUCGGAGAUAGAAAAAGGUUGUUUUAACCACUUUUCUCAAUAUAUUUCGCAAUGCAUUUUACCUUAAACUUGUUUUUUUUAGUUGUACUAUUGCUGUAUUGAAAUUUCAUUUCUUUUCUCUUCUCAUCAAUUGAUUAUAUACUUAAUUCAUUCUAAGAGAACGAAGUGCUCUAGUUUAGAUAAAAAAAGCAACUUUAUAAGAAUAAUGACCUUUAUUCACAGGUUACACAGUCAUCAAUUAGAACAGUGGGCAAAGUGAUGUAUACAAGGUGCCAAAUAAAUAAGAAUGACAGAAGAAAUAUAAGCAGAAUUUCUUUGCUGUUUUAUAUAAGAGAAAAUACGGCAAUAUGUGUACAGGAAUAUUUAGAGAGCAGAAUAAUUCGUCUCAGGACACAAGCAACACAUUACAUAUAUUAUAAUACCGUUCUUGUAGAUAUUAUAUAGCAAUUAUAAAUAGAGCAAUAUUAAAUUGUGAAUUGUAUCAAAUUAUACAAGCUAUAACUUAAAUUCGAAUUUUUAUUGUCAGAAACUUUUCUAACAACUUUCAUAAGAUUUUAUAUAUUAUAUGUUCUCUUUCUAAUCUUAUUGUAAAUAAUCCUUUAUACAUGCAGUUAUGUUUCUUAAAUCAGCAAUUUAUUUAAAAAUCGCUCGAGAGUUUAUCUACUUUUAUAAUCUGUACUCCAUGAGAAAAUAUAUGAUGUAAUUCACUAUUUUAUAUUUCUAAAAUGACACGUAUAUGUUAAAUAUUUAUAGAUUUUUGCAUAAUUCAAUUUAAACCACACAAAAUAUUGCUUUGUUGUAUCAUUUAUUUUUUAUGUAAGAUUAAUUUCUGUAAAAAUUUACCUACGCGUUAACAUUAAUAUAUUUGUAUGAUAUAAUUAAUAACAUUGGCUGUUAU